AUGCGAGAGUCCGAGAAAGCUUUGUUCCAUAGGUACCCCGAGAUGGAGGCAAAGCGCAUGCUUGUCGAGUUGCUGGACGAGCCGGAUCGCUACAACCACGUGCUCGAGUCGUACAUCUCCCGUAUUACUUGCCGUUUAGCUUGGGGCCACAGUGAGGCCAGCGAUGAGCUGAAGCAACGUGCUCGGGAGCUGCUCAUCGGCGUGUCGCCCACUGGUGCGUUACCAAACAAGCUACCUUUCCUCAUGGCGCUUCCUGACUGGUUGUCGCCGGCCAAGGCAUGGGAGAGGAGACGUGCAAUCACAGAACGAACAUGGUUUCAGUCCAUGCAGUCGCAAGUGCAGAAAGAAAUUAAUGAAAAGACAGCAUCUCCAUCUUGGAUGAAGAUUUUUCUCGAUGGCCGGAGUAAGUGGGGAUUCAAGUCGGACAUGGAAGGUGCAUAUGCUGUUGGCAUGCACGGUAUUGCUGGUGCCCUUACCAUUGCGGCGCCUAUGCAAACAUUCUGUUUGGCUAUGGCCCACUAUCCGCAAUUCCUACCAAUGCUACACGAAGAGUUGGAUCGUGUUUGCGGAGACCGACCGCCUGUAUCUGAAGAUAGACCAAAUCUGCCAUUCCUGAGAGCAGUCAUCCGCGAGUGCUUCCGGUGGCGCCCUCCAGUUCCGACAGGCAUCCCUCAUUAUCUGAUUCAAGACGACGAGUACAACGGCUAUCAUAUCCCGAAGGGUAGCACGAUACAUCCACUCGAGUGGGCUAUCUCAAGGGAUCCUGAUAUGUUCCCUGACCCCGAAACAUUUAACCCGCUUCGUUGGGUCGAGCCUGAAUACCCAACUUACCAAGAGCCUCUCACGCAAUUCCCUACCAUCAUCAACUCGACACAAUUCGGCUAUGGGAGAAGAACGUGUCAAGGACAAACAGUCACAGAUGAAGACCUUUUGAUCGGUAUUGGAUCGAUCGCAUGGAUGUUCAACAUUUCACAAAAGCCAGACGAUGUUUUGGCACCAGAUUGGACGCAGCCAAGCAAGUUCGACGGAAUCGGCCUGAAUGAGAAGGCCUCCAUUUCGAACGAAGAACUCAACACAGGCGUAUCCAUCAGCGAAGAUGCGACAACAAAGACGAUGACAGCCAAGAAGACCGAGCCCGCAUACAAACCCCUGGAAUGGGGCGACAUAACGCAAAAGCCGUCAGAUCCCACUCUUGAUUACUCCAUCCUCCUCAUUGCGAAGCCGAUCCCAUUCAAAUUCAGCCUCAGGCCUCGUGAUGCAGAGCGCACCAACAAGAUCCGUGGUUUGUUCAAGCAGGGUGUCGAGCGUGGCGAGUAUACCGAGAGUCGCGAGUACUGGGGUCCAAAUCAGGGUCGUGAUAAGCGUUUAGGCUGGAGCAAGGUUUAA